GUCUGCUUCCUUGGAAACCGUGAGAGACCGUUUUGUGCACCCAACUGAGCAAUUUGGAUGUUUCCUGGAUUUUUGCAGCCAUGACCAAAACUUCUCAGGCCUGGCAUGAAGGACCUUCUCAUUUCAGAUAAAGGCUGUUCAGUAUUAAAUCAGGACUAAGACAGAAGCAUUUAAAUCAGUAUCCAGAACCAUAGUAUUCAGUAAUUCAAAACACCUUGGUAUACUUCAGCAGUAAAGGCACCACUUUGCUUUUUUUGGAGGAAAUUGAGGACAUAGAACCUUAGCCAAAUAUUCAACAUGGUAAUUCAAAAGUAUCUCCUAACCUAUAUGGUCGUGGUGCUCGCUUCAUAUCUUCAUAACCUCAUCAGAGCCAUUGAAGUCCCACGGGAUCCAAGUAUUCAAGAUACAUUGCCUCAGCCUCCUACAAUUACAAAACAGUCUGCAAAGGAUUAUAUCGUAGAUCCAAGAGAUAAUAUAUUUAUUGAGUGUGAAGCAAAAGGCAACCCCACACCCACGUUUUCCUGGACACGAAAUGGGAAGUUUUUUAAUGUUGCAAAGGACCCUCGAGUAACCAUGAGGCAUUGGUCAGGUACACUGGUAGUUGACUUCCGCAGUGGUGGAAGGCCAGAGGAUUAUGAGGGAGAAUAUCAGUGUUUUUCUCGGAAUGACUACGGAACAGCUAUCUCCAACAAAAUAUUCCUCCAUGUUUCAAAAUCUCCUUUGUGGCCAAAGGAAAAUUUGGACAUUCAAGAGGUUCACGAAGGUGCUUCACUUAUCUUGGCAUGCAAUCCUCCACCUGGAUUACCACCCCCUGCUAUCUUUUGGAUGAGUAGCUCCAUGGAACCUAUACAUCAAGACAAGCGUGUCUCUCAAGGGCAGAAUGGUGACUUGUAUUUCUCUAAUGUCAUGCAGCAGGAUGCUCUGACUGACUAUAGUUGCAAUGCUCGCUUUGCUUUCACACAUACCAUCCAGCAGAAAAAUCCUUACACCCUCAAGGUCCUGACCACCCGAGGUAUUGCAGAAAGGCAACCCAGCUUCAUGUACCCUCUUGGGACUUCAAGCAGUCAGAUGGUGCUAAGAGGAGAAGACCUCUUGCUGGAAUGCAUUGCCUCAGGAGUUCCAACACCAGAUAUCAUGUGGCACAAAAAGGGUGGUGAUCUCCCAUCUGGCAGGAUCAAGUUGGAAAACUUUAACAAGGCUCUUCAUAUUGCAAAUAUUUCUGAGGAAGAUUCUGGAGAAUAUUUCUGCUUAGCUUCCAACAAAGUGGGCAUUAGCCGCCAUAGUAUCUUGGUGAAAGUGAAAGCUUCCCCAUAUUGGUUGGAUGAACCAGAGAACCUUAUUUUGGCACCUGGUGAAGAUGGAAGACUGCUGUGCCGUGCCAAUGGUAACCCCAAACCUUCAGUCCAGUGGCUUGUGAACGGAGAACUUCUAGAAAGUUCUGCUCCCAAUCCCAGCCGUGAAGUUAAUGGAGAUACUGUUAUGUUUCGGGACAUCCAGAGUGGCAGCAGUGGUGUAUAUCAAUGCAACGCUUCUAAUGAACAUGGGUAUCUGUUAGCCAAUGCAUUUGUUAGUGUGUUGGAUGUUGUUCCUCGGAUCCUUGUCCCUCGUAACCAGCUGAUUAAAGUGAUUCAGAACAACCGGACGCUUCUUGACUGUCCAUUCUUUGGAUCCCCAAUUCCCACAUUACGAUGGUUUAAGAACGGCCAGGGAAGUACACUGCAUGGUGGCAACUAUAAAGCACAUGAAAAUGGAACGUUAGAAAUCAUCAGGGCUCGGAAAGAAGACCAGGGAACUUACACCUGUGUGGCUACCAAUCUUCUGGGCAAAGCACAGAACCAGGUUCGUUUGGAAAUAAAAGAUCCCACAAGGAUCAUAGAGGGACCCAAAGAUGCUAUACCAAAGAAAGGUUCCACAAUUCACUUAGUAUGCCAGACAAGACAUGACCCCACAUUACGGCUUACAGUUACCUGGCUUAAAGAUGAUAUUCCUGUCUACUUUGGAAACAGGAUGAAGAAAGAAGAAGAUGGUUUGACUAUACAUGGAGUAUCAGAAAAAGAUCAAGGAUAUUAUACCUGUGUGGCUAGCACUGAACUAGACAAGGAUACUGCCAGAGCCCAUCUCACUGUACUUGCUCCUUCUUCUGUUAACCGUAUGACCCCACCCCCAGCACGUCCAGAACGUCCCCGUGACCUUGAACUAACAGACCUUGCUGAAAGGAGUGUGAGGUUAACUUGGAUUCCUGGUGAUGACAACAACAGCCCAAUCACGGAUUAUAUUGUGGAAUUUGAGGAGGAUAAAUUCCAACCUGGAACUUGGCAUAACCAUUCCCGUUACCCAGGAAAUGUGAACUCCGCCAUCUUGCGCCUUGCACCAUAUGUCAACUAUCAGUUCCGAGUAAUAGCUGUGAAUGAUGUAGGAAGCAGUUAUCCCAGUCUGCCUUCUGAACGUUACCAUACAAAUGGGGCACGCCCUGAAUUUAAUCCUUCAGGAGUUAAAGGAUCAGGAACAGCAAAAAAUAAUAUGGUUAUAUCAUGGACGCCAUUAAAUGCAACUCAAGUGUAUGGCCCCAAUCUCAAAUACAUUGUGAAGUGGAGAAGAAGAGACACACGGGAGAGUUGGAACAACCGAACUGUAAGGGGUGAUGUCAGUCAGUAUACCGUCGCGCCAACACCUAUCUAUACACCAUACGAGAUCAAAGUACAAGCUUUAAAUGAUUAUGGGAUUGCCAUGGAGCCAGACAUCGUAAUUGGCUACUCAGGGGAAGAUUAUCCUAAGGCUGCCCCUACUGAUAUUAGGCUCAAAGUUGUAAACAGUACAGCAAUCAGCCUUCAAUGGAGUAAAGUGUACCCAGAAACCAUCCAGGGACAGCUCAAGGAAUAUAGAGCUUAUUACUGGAGAGAAAGUAGUUUGCUGAAGAAUCUAUGGGUCUCUAAGAAAAAGCAGUCUAUGGGUUUUAUUGGAGACCGGACACGGGGCAUAGUGUCCCGGCUGUUUCCUUAUAGCAACUACAAAUUGGAAAUGGUUGUAGUCAACGGGAGAGGAGAUGGGCCUCGGAGUGAAAUUCUGGAAUUCACAACACCUGAAGGAGUACCCAGUGCCCCAAGGUAUUUCCGAAUUCGUCAGCCAAACUUGGAAACCGUCACCUUGGAAUGGGAACAUCCUGAGCAUCCCAAUGGCAUUCUUAUUGGAUACACUCUUAGAUACCAAGCCUUUAACGGAUCCAAAACUGGCAGAACAAUGGUAGAGGUCUUCUCUCCUAAUCAGACAAAGUUUUUACUUCAGAGGACGGAUCCUAUCUCACGCUACAGGUUCAAUCUGCGUGGCAGGACACAGAUUGGAGAAGGUGAGCCUGCCACAGGGGAAUCUCCAAUUCCACUGAAUGAAGUUCUUCCAACCUCAGUUUUAAUCUCUCCAACCAUUCACCAAACUACAGAUGUUCCAACUGUGGCUGCAACCACCAUUUCAGAAACUACUGUCCCAACCACCAUUACCGAAGUUGUAACCACCACCACAGAAGUUACUCCCACUACCACCACAGAAGCUGUAACCACCACCACAGAAGCCACAACCACUACAGAGCCAGCAAUCAUCACCACACUUGUUGCUAGUACAAUAGCUGGUGUUGGAAAGCUGCCGCCCAUCUGGAAUGUAAAAAUUUCAUCUAACAAUAACUGGGCAAACAUCACCUGGAACCACACAUUUGAUGCUGACACUGAAUUUGUGGUUGAGUAUAGCAACAGUAAGCAUUGGGCUCAUGGGAAUGUUGCAGAAUACUUAAUGGGCUGUAGGUCACUAUUUUCUCAUAGAGGUAACAAAACAGUGAAAUCUUCCCCUGCUAAAGGUUUUCUGGAGCUGAGUGAUCUGAUUCCUGGUGAGAAGUAUAUAGUGCGGGUUUUUCUCAAAGGCAAUGAGUCUGUCUUCUCAAGUGAAACCUUUCACACAAGUCCAGCCUAUACCAGGAAUCAAGGGGACAUUGCAACUCAGGGCUGGUUUAUUGGACUGAUGUGUGCCAUCGCUCUCCUGGUCCUGAUUUUGCUGAUAGUUUGCUUUAUUAAGAGAAGCAGAGGAGGGAAAUAUCCAGUGCGAGCAAAUAAAGAUGUGCCCCUUGAUCCUGAUGAUCAGAAGGUAGAUAAUGGAUCAUUUGAUUACAGGUCUCUUGAAAGUGAUGAAGACAACAAGCCACUGCAGGGCAGUCAGACCUCCUUAGAUGGCACAAUAAAGCAACAAGAAAGUGAUGACAGCUUGGUGGACUAUGGAGAAGGAGGUGAAGGACAGUUCAAUGAAGAUGGCUCCUUUAUUGGCCAGUACACAGUUAAGAAGGACAAAGAGGAGACAGAAGGCAAUGAGAGCUCAGAAGCCACAUCACCAGUAAAUGCUAUCUAUUCCCUGGCAUAACACUAUAUAUUGAAGCAACAGCACCUAAAUAAAGAAAUAAGUUGGUAUGGGUCAGCAGAGUCACCAUCAACAAGAGAAAGCAAUCAGGGUAGGGCAACAAAGGCCAAACACACAAACCCGACCAGUGCCAUCAUCUCUUUAGCAAAUGGCAUAGAUGCACUGCCUGCUGAAGUGAUCAUACAGCUGAAAUCUGAGCUAACCCACCAGAGACCAGCUGAAGAGCAGAAUGCAGAGAUUCUGUGCCCCAGGCUUCAGAACUUGGACUGAAAUAAAACAUCCCUCUAUACCCCCUUUGUCUGAUUUGUGAGAUAAUGCAAUUUCCUUCAUUAAU